AUGUGACACUGCUAACUCCUUGCAUCAAUGGAAAUUUUUCUUACUUUAGUUUGACUGCAUAUAAAAAUUUUCCACGAGAGCAAUAAAAAUCAACCAACCAAAUCUGUCUAAUCCAGCCAUACGCAGAGAAGCAAGAUGUCUUCCAUGACUCCAUCAUCCAGAAAUUGAUUAAACGUCAACGAAAUAAAUUAAAGACAAAAAUUUACCGCGAAAUGAGCACAAUAACUGCAGAUGGUCAGUCGCCGCUAGGAGCGGGGGCGGCAGCAGAAAUUUUAUUACUUGAUGGCGCUAAUCAAUCAUAUUCGCCAUUUUUAUUCUCCUCCGAGGUGGUCGGUGUCAAUGCCUCAAUAACAGCGCUAGACAUCGAAAAUUUGCAACAAUUUUUGCGACAAAAUAAAAGAUUCCAUCAGAACAUCAGUCAAAUGCUGAAUAUGUCGACAGAUAAUCUUACAAAUUUGCUGACCACCGCACAACAUCCACAGCCACAACGUGAUCCACUACCGCUGCUGAUGACUCUGACAAUUUUCUAUGCGUUUAUCUUUGUGGCAGGUGUGCUCGGAAACUUAAUAACAUGCAUUGUCAUCUCACGAAAUCGCUUCAUGCACACGGCGACCAAUUUUUAUCUUUUCAAUUUGGCUGUGUCCGAUAUGAUUUUGCUGUUGUCAGGUAUGCCACAGGAUUUAUAUAACUUAUGGUUUCCGUAUUCUUAUCCUUUCACUGAUGUCCUUUGUGUUAUGGAAAGUGUGCUAUCGGAGACAGCAGCCAAUGCCACAGUGCUGACGAUAACGGCAUUUACAGUGGAGCGUUACAUCGCCAUAUGUCAUCCGUUUCGACAACACACCAUGUCGAAAUUAUCGAGAGCAAUAAAAUUCAUUUUUGCCAUUUGGGUGACAGCGCUCCUACUCGCUCUUCCACAGGCGAUGCAGUUUUCCGUUGUGGCACAGGAUGGUGGCACUUCAUGCACGAUGAAAAAUGAUUUCUUCGCACAUGUGUUUGCCGUCUCUGGAUUCAUCUUCUUCGGUGGACCCAUGACUGCGAUUUGUGUUUUGUAUGUGCUCAUUGGUAUGAAGCUGAAGCGUAGUCGUUUGCUUCAAGCGGUGCCAAGACGUUGCUAUGAUGUAAAUCGCGGUAUUAGCGCACAGAGUCGAGUCAUUCGCAUGCUUGUUGCUGUUGCUGUUACGUUCUUUCUUUGCUGGGCUCCAUUCCAUGCCCAGCGUCUUAUGGCUGUUUAUGGUUCAACUGCUGGCAUUGAGUCCAAAAUAUUUAAUGAUAUAUUUCACAUACUGGAUUAUACAUCGGGCGUGCUGUACUUCCUCUCAACGUGUAUAAAUCCGCUGCUCUACAAUAUUAUGAGUCACAAAUUUCGUGAGGCCUUCAAGGUGACAUUGGCUCGUCACUUUGGACUUGCGAACAGGUACCAAACGCAGAAUCACAACUACAGCGCUCUGUUGCGCCAGAACGGUUCCAUGCGGCUGCACACAACGGUGAAUAAUAAUGCCUUAGAGCAUUUUAAUUCUUACCGAGUAGUGCAAUUGCAAUGUCGUGACCCGAAUCAUCAUCUUUCUCUGCAGGACAGCAUCCGUACAACAACAACAACCACAACGAUCAACAGUGCUAACAGCGGUAGCGGCAACGCUAUGGGUGGAAACAAUAGCUGCAGAUCAUCGCAUCGUAAUCGCUGCAUAUCAAUUGGAUCACAAUCAACACUGCUGACAUCACUUGGCAAGAAUGACGUCUACAAUAGCAACGGCAAUCACCGUAGCAGCGUCGGCAAUGACUCAUUACAGCAUCGCAUAUUGCAAACACAAAUCUCGCAACUCUCAUCGGUGGGUGACGCGAAUUCACUACUUGAAUCAGAGGUUGGCAGUCACUACCACAAUCAUGCACAUCCCAGUAACUCGUAUCGAUUAAGAGAACUUAAGCGUUCAAGUGUCAACAUGACUGGCCGCAGUUUGCAUUCACGACCUGUAGAAGAUCGAAUGUCGAUUAACUCUCAAAAUUGGGAGGAGAGUAACAUUGAGUUAGAACCACACUGCUUAGAAGAGACUGAAAUGUACAAUCGACCUGUUGCGCCAGUUGCACCACAUAUAAUGGCAGCAACUCUAGUUGCCACGCAACCAGUGCAACCAAUGAACACAAUAGCUGAGUUAAGCGCUCAAACACAACCUUCCCGUUCGCGUCUCAAACUUUCUCGUAUCAUAAGCCGGCGCGAUCAAGACGCUUAUCUUACUCAAACUAGUCCGCGCGUAGAGUUGAUGCGUGCACAUUUGCCCGGUAUGAGCAACGCGCCUCUACCGCUGGCUAGAACAUCAAGCAACCGCAAGCAACCAGCACAGGUCCGUGAUUUCCGAAAGACUGUCAAAGCCAGAGCGCAACCCCAUAAAAGUGGUAAAACGCUCGACAGUCUAACGGAAAAGUUUCGUUGGCGCGCUCGAAAAAAGUUCACCAUACCGCGCUCAACAACGGAAGCCAACAAUCGCAUUCGGCAGGAGUCUUCUUCGUCAACAUCAUCAGCCGGCACGCCAACACCAACGACAGCGCUGAUGCGUGUAGUUUACCCCGCGGCGGCAGUAACAGCUGCAACCGAAACACCCACGAACUCAGAGUUGACGAUACGCAACAGUGGCUUGGGAUAUAGCGCUAUGCCGAAGGCAUUAUGAUGUUAAUAGCACACACGACACACGAAAGGGCAAGGAAAGAGAAAUAGAAACAUUCCAAAUGUAUGAAAUUUAAAAUUUGAUAGUAGAAUAUGAGACCUACUUAAGCUAAUGAAGCAGAAUUUUGUUUGGCGUAGAAAAAUAAACAGCAAUAACUCAACGAAAAGAAAAUAAAAUUGUGCACAAUGUAAAUUUAUAGGCUAAAAAGCGUACAUCGAGCACAAGAACAACAACAAUUGAUUUUGUUUUAAAAAGGGCGCCGAUAUAUUUAUUUGCGUAUUACUGCUAACAAUAAAAAUACUAUAAAAUUUUAUUCAAAUAUUUACUUUAAUGCAAUAUGUUUUUUAUAUGCUCAAUAUGUGCUAUCAACCGUCAAAUGUCGUUCGCUCGACAAUAACAUAAAAAAUUGCGUACAAGUGUACGUAUGUAUCUUAUAUGUACAACAAUGUGAAAAAAGUGUAACAAAUAAAUAAUAUGAAACAAGCAAGCAAAAAGCAAGAAAAGGACUAAGAAUUUAGCCAUAUGCAUGAACAUGUUGAGUGUGAAAUAAAUGAGUUACACGCAUUGCUACAACACCAAUUAUCAAAUAAAAUAACUUAUACACACAGCCAUCAUCAGCAACCACAUUCGCAUGUUAAAAUUUUUCACUCGCAGACACACAAAUGAUGAAGCACGAAGAAAUACACAAAGCUAUUAAGAAAAAGAAAUAUGCAAGAACAUACUUAGUUAAAUAGUUAGAAAAAAAUUUAUACAAAAAAAACACUAAUCAUGUCAAACAACUUCAUCAACAUUGUCAAAUGUCAUUAAACACACAGCAAUGACAGCAACAACAAAAACAAACUACGAUAAAGCAGCGAACUCAUCAACAUCAAUAGCAGCGCUGCAGCAUCGCAAAAGAAAACAUGUCCAUCAAUUUUCGUCUUACUCAAAUUCGGCUGCUAGCCGAAUAAGUGUGCCGCUGUACCCUGCAAGACGAGCAAGAAAACAUAUGACACUUCGUUAAGCUUAAGAACAUAUACAAAAACAAAAACAAAAA